UCCUAUGACGUGUGAUUUGGACACGUCAAUACCAAGAAAUUAAAAAAGUUGUAUCAAAAAUAUCAAACGAAUCCUAUGACGAUUGACGAUACAUUAUAUAAAGCUAACGUAUCACAAUAGAAAUAGUGAAAUAAAUGAUAAGUGAUCGUAUAAACAGCUGCAAUGAAGAUCAAAGAAUGUAUCAUUUGUCUACUUGUGAUAUUCCACUGUUCAUAUGCACCUCCAGUGUCCCAGGAUAAAUCUAAAGAACAGGACAGUGAAAUAAAGGAUGAUCUGGAAGAGUAUAUGGAAUACCAUAGAUAUUUAAAAGAAGUAGUCCAAGCUCUGGAGAGUGAUCCAGAUUUCAGAGAGCGGUUGGAAAAGGCAGAUGAAGAAGAUGUUAGAUCUGGGAGGAUAGCUGAACAACUGGACUUUGUCAAUCACAAUGUAAGAACUAAACUGGAUGAAAUUAAACGACGAGAAAUGGAUCGACUUCGCCACCUAGCUACUAAACAAUUUGAGUUAACUAACGAACUUGAAAUAAACACUGGAAAAAUACCUUCAAAUGAACAUUUAGAUCAUGCUAAUCCACAUACUUUUGAAAUUGAAGAUCUUAAGAAGUUGAUCAAGAAAACAACAUCUGAUUUAGAAGAGGCCGACAAGCAGAGAAAACAACAAUUCAAGAAAUAUGAAAUGGAAAAAGAGUUCGAGAAACAUCAAAAACUAGAAGCAAUGGAUGAGGCGCAUAAGAAGGAAUAUAUGGAGAAAGUUAAGCAAGAGGAAGAUGCAAGGAAACAUCACCAACCAUUACAUCAUCCUGUGACCAGAGAACAGUUGUUAGAACUAUGGAAAAACGCCGACCAUAUGGAUAAAAAAGAUUUCAACCCAAAAGCGUUUUUCAUGAUGCAUGACGUUGACGGGAACGGCGUUUGGGAUGCUGAUGAAGUGAAAGCACUGUUUAUCAAGGAGUUGGACAAAGUUUACGGGCCAGGCGGUCCCAACAAGGAUCUGCACGAGAGAGCUGAAGAAAUGGAGCGUAUGCGUGAACACGUCUUCAAAGAGAACGACCGCAAUCGAGACGGUCUUAUCGACUUCCAUGAGUUCAUGACUGAGACUCAGAAGGCAGACUUUAAUCAGGAUGAAGGCUGGAAAACCAUUGAUGAAAAUCAAAUUUAUACGCAAUCGGAAUACGAAGAAUUUGAAAGGAGAAGACUCGAGGAACUGAGAUACCUGCAGCAGCGAGGUUUGGUUGACGCCCACGGUAGACCGGUACCGGGUGCCGAACAUCAAAUUCAUCAAGCAUACCAGCAACAACAGGCCUUCCAUCAACAACAACAAUUCCAGCAAGCCCAGCAACAAGGAUACCAAGGCCAGCAACAGUAUCAGGGACAUCCUCAAGGACAACUUCCCCCGCAAUAUGCACCAGGUCAAGCGCCCCCAGGCUAUCAGCAAGGCUAUCAUCCAAGUCAGAUACCACAAGGACAAGGUCAAUUCCAAGGUUACCCGCAAGGUCAAUUCCAGGGCCCCCCUCAAGGUCAGUUCCAAGGGCAGCCUCACGGUCAGUUCCAGGCGCAUCAGAGCCAACCCCAAGGUCAACAGGGUCAGGCACAAGGCCAGCAGCAACAUCCAGCACAAAAUCAACAACCAGGAAACUUGAACCAGCAACCACCAUCACAGGCAGUGAACCAGCCAUCUCAGCAACAAGGACUUCGAUCUGAUUCCCCUGUGCAAGGCCAGUCCCCACCGGCUCAGGGCCAGGGUGGUCAAACACAAAGUAGCCAAGUGCAAGGCCAUGAUCAAUCAUCGCAAGGUCAAAACCAGGGCCAGGCUUCGCAGGUCCAAAACCAAGGACAACCUUCGCAAGGUCAAGCCCCUACUAUUCAGGCUCAACCGCCCAAUGUAGUCGCUAAUCAUUAGAUGUAUGCUAUUUGGCUAUUAAUCACAGCACUGCUACUCGCAUAUUGGUGCCAAAUUAUAUUCCAUUUUGUAUUAUCUCAUGCUCACUUUUAUAAUUUUUUAUGCAUCACGAAUAUUUUAACUUUGCCAGAUUUAAAUGUACUACCAUUUUUGUCUAUAGACCAAUAAAAUAUACUGUGAAUAACUAACGAAUAGUGACUACCGUAAUAGCGCUU